GGAAAACGCAAAGAUCGCAGCAGAGAGGCUCACAGGAAGGCCACACAUGUACUCAUCUCAUCGUGGGAAUUAAUGUGGAUCGAAAAGGUGUUGACUAUGUUCCGUCCGCCACCGCAGCCGCAGCUGGGACCAGACCAGGUGUACGAACGAGUGCACAAUAUCAGGCCGGUGGACGAAGGGGAAAGGAAGUUCUGUGAUACCGUCAACGGUGCGCACCGCAGGCAGCCACACAGGGGAGAGUGAGGGUGACUGACUGACUCUAUGUUUGACGGACUUGACGGACUCUCUCCUCUCUCUUUUGACCGCAGCCACCCUGCCCAUAUGGCGUUCCAUGACGGUGAGCAACCCACAGCAGACCAGACAGACCAUCGAGGGCACGCAUCCGAACAGAGCACAUGGAUGGAUGUGUGUGUGUGCUCUGUCAUGCGUGCAGGAGGAAGAGAAGGAGGCCGUGCUGAAGCAGUGUACGGAAUUCCCAGGUAUCCACGUCCACCCAGUGAAUGCCUGCCCCCCUGCCUGUCUGCGUGUGUGCAUCAGAGCGUGCCAGUGAGUGAGCGGAGGAGGCAGCCACGCAGCACCAUUCACCUCACACACAACAUUAUCAACACAGAUUAUUCCCCGCUUUCUG